UUAAAUAAAGUUUUAUUCAUGUGUAUAUCAAAGGAAAACUAUUUAUAAGAAUGCAUGGCUACAUAUAUAUAUGUAAAACAAGCCCAGAGAUGACUCAAAUACAUGUUAAUAUUUUAGUUAGAGUUGGCACUUAGCAUAUCAGAUAGCAAGUGUUAUUUAUUUUCUCAUAUCAAAUAGCAAGUGUUAUUUAUUUUCUCAUAACAAAUAGCAAGUGUUAUUUAUGUUCUCAUAUCAAAUAGCAAGUGUUAUUUAUUUUCGCUAAACCUGGGUCUUACUCUGACAUUGUAUACCUAGCUACAGGUCUUGCGAAAAUAUCAAAUAGGGACAACACAAUAGAUUUUUGGGGACAAAUGUUUCUAUAUUUUUCCUCAAAUCAAAAUUGUGUAUGAAAAUCCUAAUUGGUUGAUCAACCCAUGACUAGUAUUCAUGUAAUUGUUGUUACAGUUGUGAUUUAUAGAAAACGAUAAAAAAUGUGUUUCUAUGGAGACGAUAUUUAAUCUUUAAUUGCCGACCUUUAUUCUAUGUACUAAACUUAAGGUAAUUUGGCAAAAUGCAAAACUACAGCAACGAGGUUUCCGAGUUGUUAAAAGUUUGUUCGCUUUUAAAGGCUAAGAAGUUAGAAGUAGCGGUUAUAAUUACGUGUCCAGACAGUGAAGAAAGCAUCUUUGUUGGGACUGAUUUGGGAAGAGCAUUUCUUGAAACAAGAAGUGAUGUUGCAAGUGAAUUCCACGUUUAUUGCCAAAUAGUCAAUGCGCGUGAGGUUCCCAAUGUUGACAUCGACGAGAUUCAUCAAACACAUAAUGACAUUAACAGUGAUGUUCCCAAAUGUAAUUUCUUCGGCGUUAUUGAGAACCACACCGAACGCAAUGUAAAUGUAGCGGUUUGUUCUAACAGUGAGGAGUUUGAUGCUGAAAAAGAAAUAGUUGAAAUGGAUACAGCAGACGCCAAUUCUGCAGUUCAAUAUCUUAAAGAGGACGGCGAUCUAAAGGCUAUGCAGAAUAAUGAUUAUAAGGCUGAUGGAACUGUCUACAAAGAAGAACACAGUUUCAAAGGGAAUAGCAUUUCCGACACCAGUUUAAACAUUGUUGAAAACUCGGACACAAAUAGGGGACACAAGAGAACAAUCCGACGGAAUGUAAUAGUCAGUGAUACUACUUUGAAAUAUGCUUUUUCUGACGAUAAAGGAAAUGAAGUCACUGGAACGUUUAUUGACAUGGUACGGAUAUCUAGAAAACAUGGGAAAACACUUCAUAGUUGCAAUCUUUGCAAAGCAAGUUUGGAUGACAAAACCGUUACAGAGACACACUUGCAAAAACAUCUAGUGAUUAAGUGCUUAAAUUGCCCAAUCCAGUUUACAAACUACAAAAAGCUUGUACUACAUUUAAGAGAACACAUAAGACGUCCGUAUAUGUGUGAUAUUUGCUAUAAAAACUUCUGGGACAAACAAGAAAAAGAAUGGCAUGAAACUCUUCAUUCGGACAAGUUAUUAUGCUCGGUAUGCAGCGCAGAAUUUGACGACCUGCUGAAGUAUAAAUCUCACAUACGAAACUCCCAUUUGCCAAGAAAACAUAAAUGCCAGUUUUGUCCGUGUUCAUUUUCGCAAACAAAGAAUUUGAGAUUCCAUGAAAAGUGGAGUCAUAGUGAAAAACAAUUUCGUUGCGACAAAUGCGAGUGUAAAUUCUACACAAACUACCAGCUGAAAAAGCACACGGAAAAGAAGCAUGUGGAUACACGUGGCACAUGGGCAUGCGAGGUGUGUCAGAAAGUAUUCAACGACAAAAGGUACCUCAGUAAUCACAUGCGAAUUCACACAGAUCCUCAGAUUUGUGAAGUGUGUGGAAAGGCCUUCAAUUGUAGGGGACAGCUGAAGCAGCAUCUUGAUACAGUCCAUGUUGAUGACCCGCCUUUUAAGUGUGAGAUUUGUGAACAGGCUUUUCACUUAUCUUCUCGCCUUAAGAGGCACAUGCGCACUAUUCACGGACCGGAAGAUCUUAGGAAGGAGUUUACAUGCUCCUUUUGUGGAAAAGUGUUCAAGACAAGUGGCUCUUUGAAAAGCCACGUCAACGUACAUACAUGUGGCAAGGUUUUCAAAUGCGAACGAUGUGAUAAAUCGUUUCUUAGACAUUCUUCUUGGUAUAUACACAAUCGAGCAGUACAUUUUGAAAAUUUUGAGGAAGGCAAAAUUAAAUCGUCGUGCAGAUAUUGCAAAGAAAAGUUCAAAAACUCGAACAGACUCUUUCAGCAUAUAAAGCAGAAUCAUUAUGAACAAGACUUAGCCCAUCCGCAACCAUAUAUGCAAAUGUGUUCUAUUUGUUCAAAAGUUUUCCUGAAAGAACACUACAAGACACAUAUUAACAUGCACAAUGGCAUAAAACCCCACAAGUGUUUAAUAUGUGAUAAAGGUUUCACGGACCGAAGUAAUUUACGUGGUCAUUUGAAAGGUGUCCACAAAAAUGGAGAAUUUCCUUGUAUUGUUUGUGCCUUAGUUUUUACAAACGGAUACGACUUUAAAAAGCAUGUCGAUGAACACACCGAUGUAGUUACAGUUUAACGCAUGUUAUCGUAUUAUCCAUAUUAUCUAUAUUGAUUUUGCUUUGCUCGUCACGUUGUUUUUUUCGACUGUGCGCUGACAGCCCCUUUCAUUUAAAAAAGUUUGUGUAAUGCUUGAACUAAAUCUGAGUUUUGAUACCCA